AUGGCAGAUGAUGAAAUGAAAAACAUAUUGAAGGACCUAGAUUUGAAACAUCUUGAAGAUUAUUUCAAAAAAAAUAGAAUUACCAAAGCUACAUUAAAACAUCUUGACGAAGAACUUAUUAAAGACUUAAUACCUGUGAUUGAUGAUAGAAGCACAUUUUUGACUUAUUGGAAACAGAAUUAUAAGACAGUUUUAUUUGAAGCAAAUAAUACCCACUGUACACAUCCAAAAAAAACUGGAUUGGGCACCCAGCUAAUUGUCCUGCAAUUCUCUCGUCGCUGUGACAAGCGCACCGUGACCACGUACACUAUUGCUCGGUCGUUGGAAAUUGCUAGAUCUGCUGACUACAUCUUCCUUACGCAGAAGCGUAACAACUUGCAGUGGAAGAAUCUGAAAAGUGAGCACGAUCACAAACUCAAGAUUGUACAAUUAGACUGCAGAUUGGGCACUCAGCAAAUUGUCGUGCAAUUCUGCAGGUCUCAUCGCUGUGACAAGCGCACCGUGACCACGAACGCUCCACGUCAUGCUUUCCCAAUGAAUGCCGAACGUCGAAAAAAAUGGUUUCAAAGUUUGCACAUGGAACCAUUAGAGGACGAAAAAGAAAUUAAAAAAUUGACAGUAUGCUACAGGCAUUUUCGUGAGGAGGAUUAUAGUGGUUCUGCUAAAAAUAGAGUAUUAAUACGCUUUGCAUUCCCAUCUGUAAAUGUGUCGCAACAUGUGGCGGAAUUAGUUGAUCAGUUGAAUGUCGAUUGCAAUAAUCAUAUAAAACAACAUGAAGAACAACAUGAGGAAUUAGAAAUUCUGCAUGAAAACAGCAAUGUUAUACAGGAAUGCCACACAGAAAUGCUACAUAAACAUGAAAAUGUAUUGAUCGAUCAUGAACUACAACUACAACAGUUACAACACACUCAAGAAAUAGUAAUGCAACAGCAACAAAAAAUCGAAAAUAUUGAGAAAGCGUUGAAAAUACAAAGUAAACCACGAAAUGUAAGACCUCACCUUGAAGAAAUUACACGGAAAGUUUUAUUAAGUACUAAAGCUAAGAAAUUAUACAAUGAAAUUGUUAAAAUAAAGAAAGCUAGAAGAAAGCAAAAAGCUCUGGAAAAGAUAGUCAAACAAAAGAAAAACUCACAAUCAACGCAAACAAUUUCAUUGCGUACAACAAAUCGUAAAGGGCAUACUGAUGCAACUGUACAUGUAAGACAAAAUUUUUUAAACAUGAUAUUAAGAAACGAAGGUGUAGCACCACAGAUUCGAUGCCUCGCAUCCGGUAAUCACAUGCCUCUUGGAUAUGGUUUUUGCAACAGCGCGACACAUGCUGUUCAGCUAGUACGCUGCAUUAAACAAUGGUUGAUUAUUUUAAUUAAAAAAUGUGGCUUUUCACCUGUAGCAACAGUGUGCGAUCAAGGAGGGCCAAAUAUUGCCGCUAUUAAUAUAUUAAUUAAAGAGACGAAUGAACAACGAUUGAGACAUAAGGUUGUUUUUGUUACAGAAAAUACAUUUAUAGUGUCAAAUAAAGAAAUCGUACCUCUUUACGAUUAUGUGCAUUUACAGAAAUGUAUACGUAAUAAUUUACUAACAAAAGAUUUGGCUAUAAAUAAAUUUGCAAAAGAAUCGGAAAGACAAGUCGCUUCAUGGAACGAUGUUGUUACUGCUUAUGAAAUGGAUAAAUAUUCUUUUUUGAAGAAACGUCAGAUGCCAAAGUUGAUAGAUAAACAUGUCAUACACAAUCUUAUUCCAAAAAUGAGAGUGAAAUAUGCAACCCAAGUUAUCAGUCAUACGGUUGCAAAUUUCAUAAAUGUCAUACUAACAUGGAAUAAAGGUAUUGUUGAUACUUCGAAAGGGAAAAUGGUUUUAUCAUCUAGUGCAGCAACAACAGCAAACGUAUUGUUGUUUUUCGACGAUUUGUUUGAUUCUUUCAACAGAAAAGAAACGAAUAUUUUCUCAA